UGGAACGUCGGCGGCGUGAGGGAGCGCGAGGGGGUGUGCGCGCGUGCGCGUGCGCGUGCGCGCCCGGGCGAGGGUGACUGGGACCCCGCCGGCCCGAGCAUCGCGCGCCGCAGCCGCGGCCCCGCAGCUCCGCCCCCGGCCCGGCCCGGCCCGGCCCCGGGCCCGCUCGCCCGCCGCCCCGCAUGGAGCUGUCAGCCAUCGGCGAGCAGGUGUUCGCCGUAGAGAGCAUCCGGAAGAAGCGCGUGCGGAAGGGUAAAGUCGAAUAUCUGGUGAAGUGGAAAGGAUGGCCCCCAAAGUACAGCACGUGGGAGCCGGAGGAGCACAUCCUGGACCCCCGCCUGGUCAUGGCCUAUGAGGAGAAGGAGGAGAGAGACCGAGCAUCGGGGUAUAGGAAGAGAGGCCCGAAACCCAAGCGGCUUCUGCUGCAGCGGCUGUACAGCAUGGACCUGCGGAGCUCCCACAAGGCCAAGGGCAAGGAGAAGCUCUGCUUCUCCCUGACGCGCCCACUCGGCAGCGGGAGCCCCGAGGGGGUGGUCAAGGCGGGGGCACCCGAGCUGGUGGACAAGGGCCCCUUGGUGCCCACCCUGCCCUUCCCGCUCCGCAAGCCCCGCAAGGCCCACAAGUACCUGCGGCUCUCACGCAAGAAGUUCCCGCCCCGCGGGCCCAACCUGGAGAGUCACAGCCAUCGACGGGAGCUCUUCCUGCAGGAGUCACCGGCCCCGGACGUCCUGCAGGCGGCCAGCGAGUGGGAGCCUGCUGAGCAGCCCCCUGAAGAGGAGGGUAAGGCGGCCCAGCCCCGAGGCUCAGACCCAGGGACCCUCAGAGCUGGAAGGGUCCCUUGAGUCAUCAGGUCCAGCUGGUCCAAUGCCCAGAGAGGGCCUGGGUGCUCCUGAGGCCACAUAGCCUGCAGGGACCCCGGCACCAAGCCCAGAGCUCUUUCCGUGGUCCCACUCAGGCUGAGUUCGUGUCCAGCCAGGGAAGGUACAUGUAGUGA